CGGACGGCCGAGCCGGCGGCGCUUCCGGCGGGCGCGGAGCGGGGCCCGCCAUGGGCAUCCUAGAGAAGAUCUCGGAGAUCGAGAAGGAGAUCGCCCGCACGCAGAAGAACAAAGCCACAGAGUACCACCUGGGCCUGCUGAAGGCAAAGCUUGCAAAAUACAGAGCUCAGCUGCUGGAACCCUCCAAAUCACCAGCUGCCAAGGGCGAGGGCUUCGAUGUGAUGAAAUCAGGAGAUGCCCGGGUGGCUCUGAUCGGUUUUCCUUCUGUGGGGAAGUCCACGUUUCUGAGUUUAAUGACCUCGACUGCCAGCGAGGCCGCGUCCUACGAGUUCACCACGCUGACCUGCAUCCCAGGAGUCAUAGAGUACAAAGGAGCCAAUAUUCAGCUGCUGGAUCUGCCUGGAAUCAUCGAAGGAGCAGCUCAAGGGAAGGGCAGAGGCCGGCAGGUGAUCGCUGUGGCCAGGACAGCAGACGUCGUUAUCAUGAUGCUGGAUGCCACCAAGGGCGAGGUGCAGAGGGCCUUGCUGGAGAAAGAACUGGAAUCUGUAGGAAUCCGGCUGAACAAAAGCAAACCAAAUAUCUACUUCAAGCCCAAGAAGGGUGGAGGCAUCUCCUUCAACUCCACUGUCACGUUGACUCAGUGCUCUGAGAAGCUGGUUCAGCUCAUCCUCCAUGAAUACAAAAUCUUCAACGCUGAGGUCCUGUUCCGAGAGGAUUGUUCCCCUGAUGAGUUCAUUGAUGUGAUUGUAGGAAACAGGGUCUACAUGCCAUGCCUCUAUGUUUAUAACAAGAUUGACCAGAUAUCCAUGGAGGAGGUGGAUCGUCUUGCUCGGAGGCCCCACAGUGUUGUCAUCAGCUGUGGCAUGAAGCUGAACCUGGACUACUUGCUGGAAAAGCUCUGGGAGUACCUGGCACUCACCUGCAUCUACACCAAGAAACGGGGACAGAGACCAGACUUUACAGAUGCCAUUAUUCUACGGAAAGGGGCCUCUGUGGAACAUGUGUGCCAUCGGAUUCACAGAUCAUUAGCCAGCCAGUUCAAAUAUGCCUUGGUGUGGGGGACAAGCACAAAGUACAGCCCUCAAAGAGUGGGCUUAACCCAUAUGAUGGAGCAUGAAGAUGUCAUUCAGAUUGUAAAGAAGUAACUGCUGGUGCCUGGCCUUGCCUUUAAUCACUGCAAUUGGAACUGACCAUGUAAAAACAAAACAAAACCCAGCAAAAAAAAAAAAAAAAAGAAAAAAAAAAAGAAAAGAAAAA